AUGUCUCAGAUCAACAACAACGAGCUUGCCGAGGGCAUUCAGAAGGUCGAGUCUCAGCCCCGCAAGGGCUCUCUUGCAAUUCCCAGCGAGGCUGGCUCUCAGCACCAGCAGGGUGGCGUCAACUCCAUCGAGGUCCCUGCCACAAGGAGCGCCAUAUCUGAUGCUUCAAGCUACAUGCACAACCUUUCCCUUUCGCCCUCGAUGAAGGACAGGAGAGGAUCGAGGAACUCUUUCGGUACUUCGCUGCCCAUUCCUCGCUCCAAGAGGCAGUCGAGGUUGAGCUCCGUCCACUACCCUGGCGGUGCUGCUCAGCGCCCUGGCAUGCCCCCGAUCCAGCCUUCCCGCGACAUCAUUGCUGCCCAGCUCCAGGACCUUGCUGGCGACAAGGUCACCAAGGCCAAGGACAUGGCCUUUGUGUUCGACAUUGACGGUGUCCUCGUCCACGGUGACCGUCUGAUCCCCGAGGGCAAACGCACCCUCGAGAUCCUCAACGGUGACAACGAGCUCGGUAUUAAGAUUCCCCACAUCUUCCUGACCAACGGUUCUGGAAAGCUCGAGGGACCCCGCUGCGAGCAACUGUCCAAGAUCCUCCACAGCCCCAUUUCUACCGACCAGUUCAUCCAGUCGCACACUCCCAUGCGUGCUCUUGCCGACUACUACGAGACGGUCCUCGUCGUUGGUGGUGAGGGAUACAAGUGCCGCGAGGUUGCUCAGGAAUACGGCUUCAAGAACAUUGUCGUCCCCAACGACAUCAUCGCGUGGGACCCCACCAUUGCUCCAUACCGCGUCUUCACUGACGAGGAGCGUGCUACAUCCAACCCCCGCGAUUUCUCCAAGAUGAACAUCGACGCCAUUAUGGUCUUCUCCGACUCUCGCGACUACGCCACCGACAUGCAGAUCAUCAUGGACCUUUUGCAGUCUGAGAACGGCCGCUUCGGAACCCGCGCCAAGGACCCCGUCUCCCAGCGCAUUCCCAUCUACUUCUCCCAGGGCGAUCUCCUGUGCCCCACGGAGCACCCAUUCCCCCGCAUGUCCCAGGGUGCUUUCCGCAUUGGUCUCGAGGCCAUGUACAAGGCUCUAACGGGCGCGGAUCUCGAGCGUGUCGUGUACGGCAAGCCCGAGUUGGCGACGUACAAGUACGCCGACGAGGUGAUCGCGUCGUGGAUGGAGCAGAUCCACAACGACGAGCGUCUGCCCUCGAACAUCUACAUGAUCGGUGACAACCCGGCCUCGGACAUCAUCGGCGGUAACAUGUACGGCUGGAACACGUGCCUGGUGCGCACGGGUGUGUUCCAGGGCGGCGACAAUGACGAGAACAACCCGGCCUCGUUCGGCGUCUUCAAGAACGUCCUCGAGGCCAUCCAGACGGCCAUCAAGAAGGAGAUUGGCCAGGACUUCAAGUUCGAGUUCAACGAGAGCAUCAACCCUGUCACUGGUAAUGCCGGUGUCUCUGCCAUUGAGUAA